UUUUUCAUAAUGUUUCAGAAGUCGAUGUCAGUAAACAAUACAGAGGAAACAAUCACUAGGACGAGAUGAACAAGGAAAAUGAUGAAGCCACUGUGUGGAUAUCGUCACUCUGUUCAUGUGUUCUUGGAUUGUGAUAAAUUGAUUAUCUUAAUGACUGGAAAUGUGAAGGUCUGAGAACAUCAUGUUGACAUUGGAUAUAUCUGGAUUAUUCAUUGGGAAGUUUUACAGCUGAUAGCUGACUCUUGUUCACGAUGCAGCACCCGAACACCAAGAAACACCUUGCCAGUCUGAGACAGGGAUGGGUGAAGGAAAAAGAAAAGUCGCUCCCAAGUAAACUCACAGAUGCUGUAUCAGAUCAAUCGACAAACCUACAGAUGGCAGCCUAUCAAAGCAGCAAGAACAGUAUGGACCUUGCUAUAGACCCUCUGAUCAGUUGUCGAUUAUGCCUCUCCGAAUGUACUCUCCCGGAGAUGUACGAACUUCAUGACUGCAAAUGUUUGUAUUGUGAAAAGUGUAUGAAACAGUACCUACAAGUGAUGAUUGUGGAGGGCAAUAUCAUGGCUAUUACCUGUCCUGAUGCUAGCUGUAAAAAACAAGGGCGUCUUGAAGCUUCAGAGAUUGCAAAUUUAGUGGAAGCCAAACUGUUUGAUCGCUAUAAAAGAUUACGACAUCAAAGAGAUGUAGAUCUAGACCCGAACCGAACAUUUUGUCCAGAAGUUGGAUGUGAAACAGUGUGUCAUGUGUGUAGUACGUCGAGUGGAGAAAGCUCAAAACCAAUCGCUGUCGACUGUCCUACUUGUGGACUGAAGUUCUGCUCCAUUUGUAAGUCGGGAUGGCACACGACCAAAACCUGUGAUGAGAUGAUGCUUAGUGGAAGACUGGAGGAUGCUGGAAUACCCUACAGCAGUGCAGAGGAUGCCUGCAUCAAAAGAUGCCCAGUCUGUCAUGUGCCAAUAGAGAGAAAUGAUGGUUGUGCCCAGAUGAUGUGCAAGAGAUGUAAACAUGUGUUCUGCUGGUACUGCCUGGCCUCCCUUGAUGAUGAUUUUCUGCUGAGACAUUACGACAAAGGUCCCUGUAAGAACAAACUAGGACACUCUAGAGCAUCUGUCAUCUGGCACAGGACACAGGUCGUGGGCAUAUUUGCUGGGUUUGGUGUGCUGCUCCUGGUUGCCUCCCCUUUUCUGCUCCUGGCAGCCCCAUGCAUACUUUGUUGUAAGUGUAAGAUCUGUAAGUGCUGCGAAGAUGACGACGAACCUCAGCCGCCAUUAUGACAUUCCAACUGGACAUUGCCAUGGUAACCCAAGACGCUAGGCUGAUGCUCAAGGAAAGAAAUCCAAAGAGUUAUAUUUAUUAGUGAGUUCCCUGUGAACAGGCACUAUAUCUCGCUAUGUGAUAGACGAUAUUGACUACAGAGGCUGAUGGACAUGAUCUAUUGUGAUAUAAAGUACGACAGUGAUGCUUGUUGAAUAUGUGUAACAUGCAUAUUUGUGCAUUUUAUACAUACAUUAUUUUUCAAAAUGACUAUAUAUAAUGAUCGUAUAAACUUGAUGCGUUUGUCGUUCCCAAAGUUAAAUGGUACCUUACAUGUGUUCUAUUCAUUAAUUUAUUAUCUGAUUCACCAAUAUUUAUGUGUGUCUUUAUAAAACUUCUGUUACUAAAUAACGAACACUUGGAUAUGUUGGCGCCCCCUGUUUAUUACUUCACAUUAAAAUAUGAUUUAUAGAUCAUGUUCGUUACAGAAGAUGACAAUUUUAAUUGUCCAACAAAUGAAGAUUUUGAAGUUGUUAAAGGAAGUGUUUCCUGUUUAGAUUAUUUAAAUGAGUAUUUAUUGUCAGUGUUUAUUUUUAAAAGAAAAGUGCUGUUUUUAAGAUACUUUCUCUGUGAAGAAUUUUGUUGCCAUUGUCACAAAGUAUAAUGUUUCUGUGAUGAGCCUGUGCUGAGGAUUAAAUUAAGGUCACAAGCAAGAUUUCACUCUGGUAAGACCAUGGUAAGGGUCAAAUAAGAUUUGGUUCAUUUGUGUUUUGUGUCCUAUUAACAGCUAUGGUCAUUUAAGGACGUGCUGUGUUUUGGUGGUGGAGGAAAGCCAGAGUACCUGCAGAAAAAACACUGACCUGUGGCCAGUACCUCGCAACUGCCCCACCUAGGCCUCGAACCCAUGACCACAUGACAGAUUUCACUGUGGUAUGACCAUGCCGAGGAUUUAAUUAAGACCAUAUGACAAAUUUCACUGUGGUAAACCAUGCUAAGGAUAAAAUUAAGACCACAAGCAAGAUUAACUGUGGUAAGACCAUGCUAAGGAUUGGAAUCGGACCACACACUAGAAUUUACUGUGUUAAUUAAAUUUCCUACCUGAAAAUUGGUUUAAGACCCUACACUGUGAAGCCUCAAGUCCUCACAAAACGAGCACUACAGUUGUUAUAUUACAUGAAAAUAUGGCCAAUAUAGAAAAAAGCUUUGUAGACAUAAAUAUAGGUAUGGAAAUGUAUUCAAUAAUAUUCAUCAGAAAUAUAUGAUAUCAAAGUUUUACUUUAUACACAAACAAUGUACACAUUAAGUGUGUCACAAUAUUUUAAGACCGACUGGUCCCUUUGUCAAGCUAUGACUGAGUGAGAUUUUUGUUUUGUUCACCUGUACAACGAUGCAUCCAAAUUGUAUAUUUCACUUCACCCGGAAUGUUUCGUCAACCGAUAACAGUGAUAUACAGUUUAUGUAUACAAAGUUAGCUUUAUAUUGUUGCCUGAAUGUUUGCUGGCAUUAUAUAUACAGUAUUACCAGUGGAAGGUAUUAAUUCCUGCUUUUAUAGAGAAAUAUUUUCCUGUAUUGGCCAGCUUAUGAUAAGGUAUCCGUUUCAACUGGUUUGUCUGUUUUUAAAUGUAACAUUUUCGGGUAUAAAUCUUGGCGGACCUGCAAAUGUUUAUGCAGGCCUUGCAAGGCUUUGUCAAGGCUCGUCUGAAAGCAGCAUCAGAUUACUGGGUCCGACCUUAUGUUAUAAAUCGAAUAGCUCUGGUCGAAAUAUUCAAUCAUUUUGAUCCGCAGCCUAGACUUGUGAGUUAGAGAGUCUAGACAGGUAUGCAACAAGUCUAUUGUAACAGACACUAACAUGGCUAUCAUUGUGACUAAUACGGCUAUCAUUGUGACUAACACGGCUAUCAUUGAGACUGAUACGGCUAUCAUUGGGACUAAUAAGGCUAUCAUUGUGACUAAUACGGCUAUCAUUGGGACUAACACGGCUAUCAUUGUGACUAAUAUGGCUAUCAUUGUGACUAAUUUAUAAUACGGCUAUGUAUAGUAUCAUUGUGACUAAUACGGCUAUCAUUGAGACUAACAUGGCUAUCAUUGUGACUAACAUGGCUAUCAUUGUGAUGUGCAUGGCUAUUUAUUGUGACUAGUUGAACUGGUGCAGUUCUUACUGGAAAUGAAAUUUGGCUUUGCUCUUUUCAAGCCAUUGUAAUUUUCUUCAUCUAUUAAUUUUUUGCAUUGUGAUAUAUCAUGUGUUUUGAGACCAUGGCAAACAGAGUCCAACUUUUACAAUUUUUAGCUCACCUGGUCGUCUGUCGUCCGUCCGUCUAACUUUUCCUUUAAAACGCUACUUAUCAUGAACGAC